AUGACCGUCUCGAAAUGGGUGACCCUGGUUCGCCAGUGUCUGCAGCAGCGAAUAUCAGUGGGAGAAUUUGGCGAAUUCUUGCACAGCUACGGUGAUGGCAUCGACGGCAAGCGGCUCUUUAAUGCCUUGAUUGAAUGCCGGCGAUCAUUUUGUGCACCCGGAGACCCCCUGAUUUCGUUAUAUGUCGACUAUGUGGGCACUGCUGGAAUGGUCAAGGUUUCCGAUGCCCUCCUUGUCCUCAUCAGCAAAUGGAAUGAAAUGAAAACACCGCCAACACAACCCGUUCUAGGCUGCUACAAUCAGACACUACAAGAUAUUACCAUGAUCAUUGUGUCCGCCAGGUACAAGACCAAUGCAUCGGAAGUGUGCACAUCCCUCUUGCUCUCGUCGAGAUGGCUUUCUUCACUGGCCCGCCAUCUCUCACAACAACUGGGCGAUUCAGCAAAUCCAGAGCACAGCCCUGUCAUCGAGGCUCUUGCCUUUCUUGUGGUGUCACUCGCUGCGACUGAUGGUGGACUUGAGGCCCUGUCACCAGCUAAUAUCUCCAAAGGUGACCCCAAGAAAGGAUCUGGCCGCGAAUUGCGGACGUCAUUAAGACAGGCAAUGGAGCACUGCCUGCCGCUGUAUCCGGUUCUCUCAACUCAACUCAUGGAACGAGUCAACGCCGUACUGAAGCAUAUCAAUCUUCUUGAUGAUGGUUCGUCACAGCCAGCCAACUCAUCGACACAAUCUUCUGAGAUUCAGGCUCUUCAAUUUCAAGUUUCUAUUCCUGAUUCUCAGAUUGUGGCGUCGAAACCAGGCACACUGAUUUAUCUUGAGAAUAUGCUGUCGACAGGUUCAACAAUUGAUGACGGCAUUGUGGUCAACUUUUUGUCUUCAAGGCAUCAGAAUGAUUACCAAGCCAUGUUCAUUGAUCUCUUUACGUCGUCCUUUCGCAUUCUGAAGACUCAAAAUACCGCUCCGAAAAUGCAGUUGCUUCAUCAACAAUGUCAAACCUUCGCGCAAAACAAGCUUCCAGUACUUCUUUCCAUGAUAUCCGCUUCCUCCUUCAACAGCUUCAAUACGGAACAAGCGAUUACCGAUGCGUGGCAUCAAGUUAUGCCGUCAAAUCAGGGUCUUCUUAUGACAGGCUUUCGUUUCUUACACAUCUGCUCACUACACCAUUUACUAACGCCGCACGGCGCAACCCGGCUCAUUGGCAGCGAAGAUUUAGUCGCAAACAUGAGCAAAGGCCUGUUCGCAAAAGACGACCUAGUUCUGCAAGUUAGCUCAAAUCAUACCAGGGGACCAAAGCUUGUGGAAGAGCUUAUUCGCAGCGAUGGAAGUGCCGGAUCCAUCAGCCAAGCUUUAGUUGAGGCAAGUUCACGUAUCAUGCACAAUUACUGUCAAAGUAAAGAAACUCAAUAUCUCAAAGACCUUGCAAAUUCGAUCUUACGACGGCCUGCGACAAUCAAUUUCAUCAGCUUAUUUAUUCGCCCGUCUUAUUGGUUGGGGCCACUUUGUACCUUGUUGGAUGAUUGGCGUUGGGACGAGAUACACGAAGGUGAAGCUCAACCAGUAUACGACGACUUCGGAGCCGUUUUUCUCCUCAUUCUAGUGAGCAAGGCUCGAUUGGGAUUGACAAAAUCUGAUAUUGGAAUCCGGAAGAAGGAUGGCUUUCUUGCUGAAUAUCUCGAACGCGACAAUUCCGAGGAAAGUUUGGAAAAUCUUUCUGAAGAGAGGAAAACACAUCUGGGGAACUGGAUCAACGCCCUUUACCUCGCCGAAGGUUUAAGCGAUGAAUUAUUCACCAAUUGCAGCCCACACGACUUCUACCCGCUGAUACCAACUCUUCUUCGACAGUCCAUAGCAGCCAACCAGCAGGGCAAGCUGACACAAGAUUCUUUGAAAGCGGGAUUAGAUUACUUAAUGGAACCAUUUUUGCUGCCAUCGUUAAUUUCCGCCUUGAACUGGGUUGGAAAAUUGAUCCUGGAAGACCCAGUGUCAGCGAAGGUAGUCCUGGAAGUGUUGGUCAAGCCACCGGGCGGAACUGACUCCCAAGACAUACACCAAACUAUUCUUGCAAUGUGCGCACCUCAACUUCGCAAACGAAUCGAGUGCAUUCAACAUCAAGACGACAAAUUCGAAUCAAUCAUCAAAACCCUAAAUCAAUGCCCCGAAUUCUCUCUUUCCGUGGAAGCAGAAGCACAUAUCCGAGAUAAGGGUCUUUUCAGUGGACUGCAAAACAGUAUCGUCACAAUGAUCACAUCUGCUAGUGCUCUGGAAAUUGAUGAACAGCUGAUCGUCCAAAAUGUUUCAUCCAUGGUACAUCACGCCAUUGAGCUACGAGGAGCCGAUGCAACUUUGCGAGCUCUCAUUGGCGUUCUACUACAAUUGAGUGAUAGUCAUGACUUUCUCUUUGCUCUGGACACGGUUUCGACUAUUGUUUGCGUGGCUGGACACCGAGUUCGUGAUGUCUUGCGCUCUCAAUACAACAAUCUCAGUCCAUUGUUGAAGAAGGGUGAAACAUUGCUUGCCGAGGCGAUAGUUCGUCUUCACCGGCAGGUGGAAGCCUACACAAAUGUUCUCACUGUUCAAGACAUGGGAUUGGAUGCCUUUUCGUUUGCCCAACAACUUACAAAUAUUGAUACGGCCAACCCCAAUCUUGACGACAAUACAGCUGUAUCUGGAGGUCUGGACAUGCAGACAGAACAAGUUCAAGCAGAUGGUAUUGAUCAAGUUCUGGACGAAGUUGCGGCAAUGGGUAAUUUGGACUCCAAUGAUGCUGAUAUGAGUUUUGAUGCUUUCUAUGGCUUACACAGCACAGAUAUGGAUCUGAAUGACUUGGAUUUGGAUAUGUUCUGA